UCUGCAUUGACCAAGUUGGGAGGAGGAGGAUGGAUGUUUUCUUCUCAGACAGAUAAAGUUAGGAUCAGGGUUUGGGGGCGUGUUCUGCUGAGGCUAUGAAACUCAAGACAAGUUUAGGAAACUCCUCAGUGUGUCAUUCAUAAAGCCCCAGCAGAGAGGACAGAAACAAGAGUCUGACUGGAUCGACUUUUCUUUUGAGGAGUUUAAAUCCCCAACAGCUUCCAUGAUGAGGACACCGUCAGUGCUGAUCCCUGCAGUAGUUGUGUUGCUGCUGCUCAACCCGCCGAGGUGCACAGAUGCUGCGACCUUUCAGGGCGCGUUACCGCAUCCAAACAAAUUCAUCCCGAACGACUCGGAGAGAUGUGUCCAACCCGCCAUCGGAGGACUCGUAUCCCGCGGGCCGGGACCCGUGACCUCCACCGACGAAGUGCUGGAGUCCAGUCAGGAGGCGCUGCACGUCACGGAGCGCCGGUACCUGCGGCUGGACUGGUGCAAGACGCAGCCGCUGAAGCAGACGAUCCGGGAGGAGGGCUGCCUGAGCCGCACCAUCAUCAACCGCUUCUGCUACGGACAGUGCAACUCCUUCUACAUCCCGCGGCACAUCUACCAGGACGGCGACGCCUUCCAGUCCUGCUCCGCCUGCAAACCCAAGACCUUCAGCACCGUCACGUACACGCUCUUCUGUCCGGGACUAACACCGAGCACCAGGAAGAAACGGGUGCAGCGCGUGAAGCAGUGCCGCUGCACGACCAUAGAUACGGAUUAGAUGGAAACGGUGUUCAGUGGGAGAGAAGCUGCUUCCACACCAUGAGAAUCAAGUGAUGAGGAAUUUACCCCGAACCUUUGUUGUAACGGAGAGAGGAUACUCACCGAAUAUGCCACUAAUUUUGCUGAUAUAAUAAACUUGUGGUUGAUUCAGGUGCCAUUUGACCUGCAGUCAAUAAUUUAUCACACUGAACUUUGUCAUGUGUUGUCUUUCUAUGUGUGUAAACAGAUUUAGAGGCUUUGUGUGCAAAAGAGAUCGAGUUAAAGCUAAAUUCUUUAUUUCUUCAGGCUGGUGGACAAAGCAGGAAAAGGAGGACGUGUCUUUGAGAGGACUUGGUUUCAUUCUUUCCACUGUGUGGGAUCUAAAGUCAAAUGCUUCCAUUAUAUCAAAUUUUUUUUUUCUGUACAACUUGCACUGCUUAAAUGCCACUUGUGUGAUUUGUGUACCGUGUACUUGUAAAUAAAAUAAAUCUUUCCAAGCUGUAACAUCACCUCAUUUCUGAUCAGUGAUUUUUUUUAUUUGUGAAAAAAAAUGCGGUAAAAGAUUCUUGACUAUACAAAUAAGAAUUUGUAACGUGCACGGUUAAAUUCUGUUUCAGUCAUUUUAAAUUUAAACACAUUCUCAGUAAGAAGUUCUGGUAAAUAGAGUCUGUAAAGAAAAGGUGAAAUGUUGGUUUGAUGCCACGUAAAAA